AUGGACCGUUUUCAAGCGGUUCUGAUAGAGAAAGCCCGCACGGCGAAAGUCAGAGAGUUAGAAGAAGAAUUCGCUGCCGAGGUAAACGAAUCGGGAAACAUAGAAGACUCAUCACAGAACACCGCACAAGCACAAGGAUCCCACCGGCACAAUCUUUUACGCGCACGUCGCGAGGCACAACUUGCAAAUCUUAUUGUUCAAAAGCCGCCAUAUCAAUAUCCCUGCACGCUGCAAAGAAUCAACAAACUAGCGAGAGAUAGCUUUGACAGAAAACUCAGUUCGAAGACGAUUGAAGAGGGGUGUCCCUUCCUGGUAAAAAUCCCUUCCUGAUGGCGGCGUUUUGCUGUGUCCAAGCGUCACCGAACUGCGGAGGAUUUCGACAAGGUCAGUCAUAAAUACAGAAGCACUCUGGCUGAUACACGACAGGAGCUUGGACACGCCAAACAUGUUAAAGAGCACUUGCAAAGCUUUCUCGACGCGACACUCGUCGGCGAGCAGUGGAAGGGCACGCUCAGGAGCAACGAUGUCCAUCUUUGGACCAAACAUGAAUGCUUACAGGCGCAACUCAACACUAAGCUCAGCGAAGUUCGUCUCAAGCUCAAAAACCUUCCACUUCAAAAAAUGAUUGUCGAAAAGCCAAAACGUUCAAGGGACCGGAACAAAAGCUCGCGGCUAUCAGACAGAAUCGUGGGACGAAACGCAAAAUCAUCACCACCAGAAGCACUGGAUCCGCUGAGAUUCUGCCAGGAGAAGAUUCUUAGGUUCUUUGACGAAGAAGAUACCGUUUCGAUGUUUUAUCGAGAUACUCAGUCGCUGGCAGAGAGCUCACCUAGGAGAAUUUCAAUGGCGAAAGAUGAUUUCUUACCGUUUUUACGGACGCUACUGAGACGUUAUGACAUCGAAAUGCCCGAGCAAUUGCGCACAGCUGCAGACGAACUAGAGCUCUUCACCUCAACUCAUCAAAAGUUCCGAAAAAUCCAUCAAGAACAAAACGAACAAUUUGUCUUUCUAAAUAUUGCCGAUCCGAGUUAUAACAAGCCAGUUCUCAAGCAAACUGACUGGCCGACUUCACUCAACGAUGUUCUUCCCUCACAAAUGGCGACAGUUAGAAGUUUUGCUUUGCUGAUUGAGAAAGAUGUGAUCAACAGGAAUAUUGAAGCCUUGUCAGAGUUUGCGAAAAUUCGAGAUCCAGCAAAAGUGACCAGUUGGUAUAAGAAGUGCAUAGAAGAUAUAACUUUCGCAGCUAAACAGUCUCAAGUGUCUUUGAAUGGCGAUGGCCCCUGCACUCCAAGAAAACAAAGCAUACCAAAAGACGUAUCCGAGAGGCGGAAAAAAGAAGAUCUCAAUAAAAAGUGGUUAAAAACACUCAACGCCUGUCUAGAGCCAGAAAAGACCGUGCAAGACAAUCCGAACUACACGGGCGAUGGUGCUUACGACUUCAUUAGGAGCUACCAAAUGCUUGGACUCUCCGAUGGAACAGAUGCGGAAAUGAAGAUUAAAUCGUCACAGAAAGAUGCGAGUAUUGGUUCAGGCGCAUAUUUGAGCUUCUUACAUUUACGAUUCCUCGAGCUUCGUCGAUUCAGAUAUCUUUCUUUGUGUCACUUCAAUUACAUAAUUUCAACCCAGCGAACCUGUAAGAAAUUAAUCGAGGCACUGCAAAGUAUAGAAGUCGACAAAUUGGACCAAGUGAAAUGCUUCAUGGAUUUUUACGAUAGGGAAGAAAUCUACGGAAGUACAGUUAUGUCCGUCAAGGAUUACAACGGACAUCCGCACCAUAUAAUUGCAUUAUCAUCUAACUACACUCUGAAAAACUCGGUAAACGUUGACUACGAUGCACUUCUUCACGACAUUUGGGCUGGAACAGGCGAAAUUCUAGCCGCAAAAGGCGAAAUUUGCGAAAUUCUCCUUGACGCAGUUUUCAACGCGACGAGCCUAAAAGAUUUGGAGAACCUAUCCCAGCAUAUCAAUCAUUUACUCACUGCGGACUUCUUUCACGACCUCGGCCAUCCACAUUCCAAAAUUCACAUGCUUCAACAUUUGCGCGUUCUACACCGGAAACUCACACUUUUGCGGAAACAGAGAACAGCUACAGUUCAAGAGCUGAGGAAUAUCAAUCAACUUUUUAACUCAGAAAACGACUUGGGUCCAAAAAUGGCGCUCAUCCCUUCUUUCGACACUUCGUCACUUGAUCGUCUUCAACUAUUCGAAAUCAACCCGAUGAUUCCAAAGAUAUUCGAAAUACUUCACGACAUUGAGAAUGCCGCCGAGAUCGAAUUCAACACGAGCUCUGGUGAGUCGACUGUGAUGCAAUCGAGCCAGACGCUUGUGAACAUUUACGAUGCAGCGAUAGCAUGUUACAAUGUCGUACCGAAGCGCGAGGACCAGAUGAACUACGCUAUGUCGAUCCAAAAAGAUCUUCUUUCCUUCAAAUUCUCUCCAGAAGCACUCGUCAAAGCUGCAUCAGAAAACGAAAACCUAAAAACUCCCGAUUUGAUCAAUCUUCACAAGGCAACUUUUAGUCUUCUGCACCUCAGAAACCUGGCGAAUGAAACCUUUUACCUGAAUAAUAACUACAUAGGAAUCGCCGAAACUCUUGGAUUCUCCAAAUCGCAUCUGUUUCUUCGUCUCGCGCAGCCAUCUUUAGGAUCUGGUCAAGAUAGACCGGAGGUUUUGCGAGGGGUUCGAUCUGUUCCGCCAGAUGAGCGUGCGAUGGACCGAUUCAGACCAGGCUCGUUUUCCCUCGCAGCUCAGGAUUUUGACGAUACAUUGACAAAAGGACUCACUUUCUCAAGUCUUCAGCAACUUCUUCAUAUCGCUCAGGAAGACAAGCUACUGAACAAAUUAGAAGUCACAGUGAAAAUCCAACACCGGCACAAUCAGCUUUUACAGCUUUGCUGCCAAGCCUGCGAAAUCAUGGCUACAUGGGAAGGGCCAACAAUCUUCAGCGACACACGAGAAAACGGCGAAAAACUGCCAGGCCCGGAAGGUACUGUCUCGAUGAUGGACAGCGGGACCGUCACCACGGCCACGACCGCACUUGGAGAUGGAAUGGGAAAAGCUAAACAUGCGUUUGCAGAUUCCUUUCUUUCGAUCCAGUGGGAGAGACAAUGGGUUCGAUCAAAGUACAAUGAGGCAUUUUCAAAUGCUUCAGGAUCGCAAGAAAAAGUUAGACAGGAAGCGUUGAAAGUUCUUCUCAAAGUUCUUGACGAUGUCAUCGACGAAAUCGGGUACCGGGUGACAAUUAUCAAAGAAACGAAUCGAUUGCUCUGGUUAAUUCGAAACCAAUGGGAAGGAGACUACCACUCUAGUCAUUUUACGAUGGGGACAAGUCUAAAGGAUGAUCCUGAGCAGGUCGAUGUUAUGACGGUCAACGGACCAAAUGAUCUUUGGAAACUUUCUCACUACAGUACCAUCUUAAAUGCUGGACGAAAACUGAAACCAGACGAGCUUCUUGUUGGACUGGAGAUAUGGUCAACAAAAAUCAGCAGUUUGGCAGACAUAGUCGGACUUUGGAUAGGCCAAUCUCGAUUAGGCCAAUUCGGAGUUGGCGAAAAAGGAGCAUGGGGCGGAGCGGAAGGCAUUCAUCAAAACCUCCUAGAGCUCAGACGACAUCUUGACAGAAUCGAAGACCCACAGCAGUCUAAAAAAGUAUUGGUACUAUCUCGGCAGCAAUUCCUCUUGGAAAAUGAACUUUCGAUUGAAUUUCUGAGGGAGCGCUUCGUGAAGAGAGGAUUGAUGAGACGCGGACUGGACUUGAUGAAUUCGUUUGAGAAAGCAUUUAAAAUGGUUCGAUAUCCAACGGAAAAUAACUUCGUCCAGCCCUGGAAGUAUUUUGAAACAUGUCUCGGACAAAUAAUUGCGCCCUUGGAAAGAACUGAUGUCCACAAUGCUCAUGCAGAGACUUUAUCUGUCUCAGUUCUCGUUGAAGAUGCAAUAAUCGACUGCGAGAGUACUAUUGGCAUCCGACGACAAAAUGCAGAAAGAGGCGUUGCUAAAUUUUUCAAACUAAUAGGGAAAGUACCGGUCAGCAUCACCAAGUCCAAACCUUCCCUGGCCCAAGCGCUGAGCGCAUUUGAGACGCACGAUGGAUCAAUCACGGACCGACUCCGGGCGAAGGACAAACUGGCGAUUUUUCAACCUGAUGAGGCUCUUGAAUUCACAGUAUCAUUUCUGACGACAUACAUGCGUUUGAUCCCCCUCAAAGCUCGUUGGGGCGCAAGGAAGCUCAAAGUCGGCAGCAUUUAUCAAAAUCCUCAAGUUCUUCAAGAGUUUGAACGCGUUUUCCGAAAUGAGAUUCUGAUGCCACUCGUGCGAAAACUCGGCGAAACGCAAAACGUGACCAUAAGGGCACCCAAGGCACCUGUUGUUAUAGAUGACAUAGGACAGAUUUACAAGCUCUUGCAUCGAGUAUCGAGACUGGAGAUCAUGGUCUGCGAGAUUUCGAAACUCAUGGAAUUGGAAUACCAAGAAGCAAUACAACAACAACGAGCAUUUCUUAAGCAAGAGAAGAAAUCUGCGCAAGAGGGAGCAAAGAUAAAACCUGUGUUCUGGUUUUGGCUUGAUGAUCUUCUUCAGGAACAUGGCUUAUCAAAAGCUUCCAAAGAAACAAUCCUCCGGCAGAUUGAAAGAGAAUGGGGACGCGUUGAGAAGCAGUUUGACAAUGAUUUUCAACAAGGAAUAAAAGACAUUCGCGGCUCAGAUGUUGAUGAAAUCUCUUACUUUCCCGAUGACAAUCCAAAGUUUAAAAUGCUCAAGCUACACCAAGACCAAGCCAAUACGAUUCACAGACUCCAGCAAGAAAAUGCCUCGCUCAAAUCAGAAUUGAACGACGUCCGAGAAGAUGAACGAGCGAAAGCGAAAGAGCACUUUCGACCGCUUGUUACUGCUCAGUAUCAAGCUAUGCUGCAAAUGGCCGCGAGAUUGAAUUUUUACCAAAACUCGAUCCAUAAUCAACUGAUGUCUCUUGUUCAAGGCGUAAAAGAAAACACAUUCAGUCAAAUCGCCAACAACGAAACGAGACCGAUUGCCCCUGCUCCAAAGUCAUACGCUGCAUGGAACGUCUUGAAGCAAGUGCGACUUAGAAAACAAGCAGCAGCUUCAGAAGCAAAAGCUGACGAAAUUGAGAAAUCAUCCGCAGCAAAGAUCGAAACACUCAGGACUUCUUUUCAAAAACUGCGAGGGGAUAGCUUGGAUGUGAUUUCAAGUCUGCAAGGGCAGGUUUUAGCGCAGAAUCGAGUCAUCACAAAGCUCAGGGAAGAAAUUCCCCAGAAAUCAUCAGUCGAAGAUCUUAUAAGGCCAUCAACAACGACGACAAUCAGCCGAAGCAGCAUCAGUUCGAAGAGGAGAGAUCGAGUCGACAGUGUCAAAAAUGAGCUUAUAGCUGAGUAUGAGAAGCAGAUCAUAGAAAAAGAUGAAAGAAUUGAGAGAUUGGAGAAAGAAAUAAGAGAGCUGAAAUUCGCGACAAGCCAACUUCAAGACGAAAAAACAACGGCGUUGAAACAAACAAGCCGUAUGCUAGAAGUAGAAAGGGAGCUGAAACUUGAAGCAUAUGAAAAUGUUAAACGACUCUACUCUCAAGUCGAGCAGUUAGAAGAAAAUGCUCCAUUAGUAAAUGAAAGUUCAUAUCGUCAAAAUAGAAAUUCAACAGCAUGGAAUCAACGGCAGAGACAAUCGUCUCAGUUUACUACUAUCGACUAUUCCGCGCUAAGGAAAACUGUUUUUGAAAGAAGAACCACACCGAAUCAGAUACCGAAACAAUGGUCUCCUUAUUCCGCUUCGGUCCCUACUGAGAAUGAAGAAGAGGUGAAAGAAGAUCAAAAUUCGAAAAGAAAGACGGUUAUAAAAAAGAACCCAAGAGUCUCCGUGAGGCCACAAUCAGCUGUUACUGCAUCUCAGCGUGCAUCCAAGUUCGAGCCUGGGUCUCGUAGACGUCCAGCUUCUGCCUCAAUGAAUUCAUCUUCGAGCCUGCUACAGAACUCCAUCUCUUUAUCUAUCACAGGCAUCGAGAAAAAGCCUUCAAGACAACGCGCCAGUACCGUCAAGAACUCAUCUACGAUAAUGAAAGAGAUAGAGGACGAACUAGCAAGUAUGAAUUACGAAGACGACUAA